GACUGUUACGCCACAGAUAGAACAAUAAGUGACAUUUUUUUGGGGGGUAAUGCUGUUUGAUGUUGUGCGUGACCUGACUGUACUUUGCAGCGGAUCUGCAACAGCAAACCAUACUUUAUUCAAGUAUUUCGUUCGUGAUUUCUUGUCCAUAGUCAACAUAAAAGAUGGCCCAGUGGUGCCAGCUGCAACUACUGGAGUCUAAAUACCUGGAGCAGGUCGACCAGCUCUAUGAUGACUCCUUCCCCAUGGACAUCAGACAGUACCUCAGCAAGUGGAUUGAGAGCAUUGACUGGGAAAAUGUGGCUGUUCAGGACUCCUUAGCAACAGUACGUUUCCAUGACCUGCUAGCCCAGCUGGAUGACCAACACAGCCGCUUCGCCCUGGAGAACAACUUCCUGCUACAACACAACAUCCGCAAGAUCAAGAGAAACCUCCAGGACCACUUUCAGGAGGACCCUGUUCACAUGGCCAUGAUCAUCUCCAGAAACCUGAAGGAGGAGCAGAGGAUUCUGGCUGCUGCCAAAAGCAUAGAGACUGACAGAGAAAACACACACACUAGCAUGGUUCUGGAGAAACAAAAGCUGGACAACAAAGUCAAAGACAUGAAAAACAAGGUUCAGGAAGCGGAUCAGAAUAUAAAGUCUCUGGAAUACCUUCAAGACGAACAUGACUUUAAGCUAAAUACUCUUAAGAACAGAGAACAUGAAAUUAACGGGCUGACACCGAAACAGCUGGAACAUGAGAAGCUGCUGAUUGUAGAGAUGUGUUUCAAGCUGAAGUUCAAGAGAGGGGUAAGAGGGGUCUGA